AUGGCUCCGAUUCCAGAUCUCUUGGCGUCCUCCGUCGACUCACCCUUUACCAUUCACAACAUUCCGUUUGGCGUCAUCUCUUCCGACACGCAGGCAACCCCCAGGUGUGCCACUGCCAUUGGCGAAUACGCUAUCGACCUGGUUGCCUUUGCCGCCGAGGAUCGCCUCGGCCACGUCCUGGGACCGGGUGCCGAGACCAUAUUUUCCCAGCCGUGCUUGAACACUUUCGCCGCGUUGGGCCGCGCGACCCGCCGCGCCGUCCGCGACGUUCUGAUCCAAAGCAUAAGAGCGAAUCAUGUACCAUCCCGAUGUCUCAUCCCACUGGCAAACGUCACCAUGCAUUUGCCGUUUCGCAUUGGGGGAUUUUCGGAUUUUUACUGCUCUCUGGAGCACGUGCAGAAUUGUUCUCCCAUGGCAGCUGGUGCGGCGAUCCCUGAUAACUGGUUCUACGCACCCUCUGUGUAUAACUCGCGGGUGUCUAGUGUCGUCCCGUCUCCGCAACCCAUCCGGAGACCCAGGGGCGUGUACUACGACGGCGACGGCAAUCCCGCAUAUGGCCCCUCGCGAGAAGUCGACUACGAGCUUGAAAUGGGCGUCUUUGUCUCGCAACCGGUCAAGCACGGGGAGGAACUUGCCAUCGAACACGUCGAGGAGCACAUCUUUGGCUUCGUGCUGCUGAACGACUGGUCCUCGCGAGACCUUCAGAUCUUUGAGAUGAAGCCGCUUGGACCUUUCCACAGCAAGGGUUCGUCAUGCCCCCCCCCCGGACUGCUGCUUCAGGGCAAAUUUGUUGAUUUGACAAAACCGCCUGUCAGGUUUCGGGACCUCAAUCUCCCCAUGGUCACCCUGGAGGCUCUAGAACCGUUCAGAUGCCCCCCAAAGACAACACAAAGCCCAGCCCCGUUUGAUCACCUCAAGUGGCCAGGAUCGAACGGAACAUUCGACAUUCAUCUCGAGAUAGACCUGAUUCGCAGCGGCAAGACGCAUCACAUGGCAUCCAGCAAUCUUCGCUAUCUGUACUGGACGCCCUUCCAACAGCUCGCACACCACGCAUCCGCGGCGUGCGGGCUUGGCUCUGGGGACUUGAUCGGUACCGGAACGAUUUCUGGCGACAAGGGCUCGACUGUCGGGCCACUCCAGCAUGUUGACUCUGGCGGAAAGAAGACCGAGCUGGGCUGUCUAUAUGAAGCGACCCAGGCAGGGUCCAAAGAUGUCGAGCUAGCCGACGGCACCCGCAUGCAGUACUUACAGGACGGCGAUGAGAUAGUACUGAAAGGCUCCUGCGGGCAGCGAGAUGGUAACAGGCCUUAUAUUGGUUUCGGUGAGUGCCGGGGAAUACUUCUGCCCGCACGUAAGCAGAAAGUAGGGUAG